AUGGUCGUGGUUUUUCUUUGUCUCACAUCGAUCGCCUCUAACUAUAUCAUUCUCAAUUUUACCUUUAUUUGCAUGAAAGAUGAUCCAUCAGGGCUAAGAGAUCGAGGAAAUACGACGGUCAACAUUUUCGAUUAUUCCCAAUCGGAGCGCUCGGCGUUGAUCUGGGCUGUUGGGGUCGGAACCACUCUUGGAACGUUCCCAAUAAAUCAUUUGAUGAUCAAAAGUGGAGCUCGAUGGGUUUGUUUUGGUUGCGCGCUCAUCUCAGCAAUCGCUUCAUUGUUGUCUCCAUUUCUCGCAUCGUUAGGUCUCUGGCCUUUUCUUUUUGCUCGAUUUCUUCAAGGUAUUGCUUAUGCAGCUGAUUUCGCGGCUAUUGGAGCAGUGGUGGUGCGUUGGGUGCCGUGCACUGAAUAUGCCAUUUUUCUCUCCGUUCUCACCGCCUUCACACCAAUUUCCUCAUUUGCAACAAACUCUUUAACAGGAUUUCUUUGUGAGAGCUCUCUUGGAUGGAGAUCCUCCUUUUACAUCCACGCUGCUUUUGGUUUCAUUAUGGCCGUUGUGUGGCUUCUCCUAUUCAGCGACGGACCUGAGAAAAGUCGUUUCACAAAUCAAAAAGAAAUCGAAUUGAUUCAUCGAAACAAAUCGAGCACCGAGAUCGAAGAGCACAAAGAAGUGCCAUAUAAAGUGAAGGUGAAAAAU